AUGGCCAAUCUCGCAAUACCGAAGAACGUCUCAAAGAUUAUCUCGAAGAAGCGUACCAUCGCGCUCACCCCGGGCGUCUUGACUGGCGCCGCGGACAACCCGACCCCUAGCGAUGACAGAGAGUGGCCAGAAGAUGUCGAAAGAGUGCCGAUCCCGUUCUGGGACACUGGAAUCUUUCUCACGGAGCUCGUCAAUACCAAACAAGUUCCGAUGAGCCUCGACCUCUCCGAAGACGACCGCGAUGCUCUUCACACGAACCCAGAGGCAUUGUUUCAUGUUGCUAGGAAGAACGUACCAACUAUUUUGGAAGAAGGCACCUACCGCGGAACUCAACUGGCUUUGACAAAGGUCUACCAGCAGAUCGAGAAGAGCUAUGAGUCCUUUAUGGAUGUCGCCAAUUUCGAGCCGUCGAUGCCUUAUCCAUUGUCGAUGCAAGAGAAGAGGCAUCUUUUCGGAUUCACUGAUCCAGCCACGGAUGGUUAUCCACCACAUCUCAACAUGGCCUCCAAUAAGGCGUACGCAGAUAUGAACCCUGGAGAGAUGCAGAGAUCUAGUCUCGGUCAAGGCGAUACCUUCAACAAGAUGAGGUUGGCACAGAUGACUGCACUGCUCCCUCAACUGGUUCCAAAGACUUUCAUCGGCCAAGCAGGCGCUAACAUAGCACAAGAUGAAGCUGAGUUUGCUCUGGGAGAGAUGGGAAGACCUGAUCAAGGGAGAAAGAUCGCGGACGUCGAAGCUUUCAACAGGGCAAUGAGACAGCGCAGUGGUGGUUUGUUCCACCGCAAUGAUAUUUUCAACUUGCCCAAUAUUGGAGAUAUCGAGGACUGGUAUACCGACCGACGCUUUGCGCAACAAUUCUUCACAGGACCGAAUCCUGCCACCAUCGAGCUUGCUUCUGACUUCUGGGUUCAACACUUCAUUGACAAUGCUGGUAAUACUGAAGGCGACCAGAAGAUGAAAGCCAAGAUUCAGGACCUGUCAAAGAAUGAUCGAGCAUCGCUGUACAUCCAAGAUUACAGCUACUUCCGCAAAGCUGCUGGCAUGACUGAAGAAGAAGAGAUCAUUUCUGAAUUCGAGGAGACGUACGAGACUGGUUCUGGCAAGCAGACCAAGAAAAGCUAUCGUUACGGUGUAGCAUCUGUGUGUCUCUUCCACCUUCCAGAAGACGGCCAACUUCGCCCUCUCGCCAUCGUUCUCGACUGGAGAGGAAGCGCUCAGAACUCCGUGACAGUUUACAACAAGGAACUCUCCCUCUCCGAGCAAAGAGAAGACUGGGCCUGGCGCUACGCGAAGACUUGCGUCCAGUGCAGCGACUGGCUCCGUCACGAAGUCACUGUCCAUCUCAUCAACACGCAUUUCAUCGAAGAAUCCUGCAUUGUAGGCGCCCAGCGCUCCUUCGAAGACUCUCACCCCGUCUUCCAGCUUCUGUACCCUCAUUGGCAAAAGACUUUAGCCAUCAACGCCGGAGCCAGGAACUCCUUGGUCCCCAACGUGAUUGUCGGUCUGAUUGGUUUCUCCCUGGAACAGGCCCAGACUUUCAUCAGGAAUGAAUACAGCAAAUUCGACUUCAAAGCCGGUUACGUGCCUCAAGAGCUUGCAUCUCGCGGUUUCGACCCCGAAAAGCGGGACGAAAAGAAAUACCAGAGUUAUGCAUAUGCGAGAUGCAUUCACAGCAUGUGGUUCAAGAUUCGCUCUUUCGUCACCGAAAUGCUCUCCUUACACUACCCUUCCGACUCUGCUGUCCAAGAAGAUCAAAGCAUUGCCUACUGGUGCAACACCAUGCAAGCACCAGGUGGAGCAGGCGAUACAGGUGGCGCUGGUAUUUCCAGCUUCCCGACCAUCACCACGUUCGAGGAACUGGUCGAUGCAGUGACGAUGUGCAUUCACAUUGCUUCGCCGCAACACACGGCUGUCAAUUACCUGCAGAACUAUUACCAGUCUUUUGUCAUCAAUAAGCCGCCCUGUCUCUACAGCCCGGUUCCUACCUCGCGCGCGGAACUGGACCGCUUCACGGAAGAGGACUUCGUCGAAGCCUUGCCCAUGAACCAUCCCCGAGAAUGGCUUCUAGCUUCCCAUAUCCCCUACCUUCUCUCAGCCAAGCCAGGAGAUAAGGAGAGUCUGAUCAUCUACGCCGCUUCCAAAUACCAUCUCUACAAGACGAAAGCCGGAACGAGCAAUCGGAAAACCAAAGAAGCAGCCGCGAAAUUCUACAGAGUAUUGGCUGACAGCGAGGAAGAGUUCAGGGGUUAUGGGAUGGAUACUUGGGAUUCGGAUGAUAUUCUAUAUGAUGUUUUGAGCCCGAGUUGGAAUGCUGUGAGCAUUGUCAUUUAG